AUGGCAGCACGGCGAGGCGGGUUGACCGGGGGGGUCAGUGGUGGUGGUGGUGGUGGUGGUGGUGGUGGUGAUGGAUCAACGGAGAAAACACGGGAGUAUGGACGGCAAUGGAUGGCGCGGGAUCCCAGCAAGCGCUGGGCUGAGCUGUUUUACUUGGCUUACGCGCCUGUUUGGAUCGCGAUGAUUGCCGCGGUGGUUGGCUUUCAGUGGUACACUUGGUUUGAAGGUGGGGUCUUCCUCCCCCCUUCUCGCCCCAAGCUCAGCUGCAGCAGGGAUUGCUCACGGGAGUGCGAUUGUUGCCACUGCGUAGGGGUGCACUACUUUGUCACGGGCAUCAUCAUUGCUGCUCCCAUCUUCGUUGUACCGCUGAUCAUCAACCGUGAACCGAUUCCUUGGCGAGAGCGCUUUUGCUUGCUGGACGAAUUUCCCACUACCCGCCGCACCUGGCGCGGCUUUUUGGAACAUGCCCUGGCCUGUGGCAUGGCGGUGUUUAUCUUGGAUGACUUGUUUCGCCUGCUCGUGGGGCCAGUGACAGGCGUUGACGCUGCCAACAAUUCCAGGUCAGCAGCCCACCCUUGUGCUGCGGAGAUGCUCAAGGAAGUUUGGUCCGAGCGCAUUGGGACAAAGCCUCACGUUGUGCCCAUGGGUCAGCCCGCCAUACGCGCAAGAAUUGUAGACCGGCAAAAGGGACCCCACUCGCCAAGCAACAUGUCGAAACAGCACGGCUUAUUUUGGCUGGCUUCCAUGCAGCGCGUGGUGGUGUCGAGGUCGCCCGAGUCCAUGAACACUCUUUUAACAUGUAAAAACAAACUUUUUUUAAAAAAUUCAAACAAACUGGCCUCUCAAUUGUACAUGUCAUCAUCAUCAAUGUCGUCCUGGCCCAUGUCCUCGGGCCCUGUGGUGGCACCCGACAUGCCACCGCUAAACCCGGACCCCGAGGUGACACAAUCAAGCAGGGUGAAUGAGGAUUGGCUUGAGCCCGAGAAGUCCAAGACAAGCAUCUCGAUGGAGCGACAACAUACAACAUGCUGGCAAGAUUUGCCAGGUCGGGUGCCUCGCCAGACGCCGCUGCACCGGUCCCGCCUUGUUGCAUGGCUGCAAAGCUGA